UUAGGUAUUGAGGAGGACCAGAGCACAAAAAUACUUGUUCUGUGUACCUACCUGUUAAUGAUGCCAUUCACUGUAAAUCACUUUUCUACUUUACAUUUUUUUAGUAGGUGUUCCAACCGUGAUGAGUGGGGGAUGUAUGUACUCUAUGUUUGUUGGACUUCUUUCACACUGUAUGCAGUCAACCGUGCUAAUCGGAGGUGCGGGGUUCUUGCCGUCAGUGCAAAUCCCUGACGUUCAGAUGCUUUAUGGGGAUGUGCAGUAUUUCACAGUGUGUUUAGGCUUAAUAAUGUAUAAGUAAUCCCUUGCAAAGGAAGACAGCUGUGGUUUCUCACAUGGCGAUAAUUAAAACGUGUAUGCUCUUGGUAACUCGGAUGGUAACUGGAAGCAGUGGUAACUGCCAGAGGUGAGAUGGUGAGCCACGCACUCCCUCCUCGCGUACACACACACGCGCGUGUGCACCCAGGCAGCAGACUCACAGUGAUGCCUGCAUGCACACACGAAUCGCACCUCCGAUUUGCCCGGUUGGCUAUGUACGGUGCGAAAGAAGUUCAGCGUGCAUACAGACUCGUGUGCCUGGCUCGUGCGCGCUGCUACAUUUGGCUGCCAAGGUUUCGGAGCGAAACACGUCCCUGACAUGACAUCAUCACUGUGUGACUGCUGAUUGUAUUUUAGAUUCGAUGAAUGGGGUUGCUGUUGCUUCACCAAAUGCCAGAGGCGCACAAUGAAUUUCCCAACGCGUUCUGCUUGCCGUUUUCUCACCAGUGAUGUUUGCAUAUGGCACCAGGUGCUCGUUUAAGGCUUCGAUGUCUCAGGGGAUGCUCAAAACCGCUUCAGAUAUCCUUAACUGAUGUUGGCCGUGGCCGGGAAUCGAACUCGGGUCGCUAACCAUUAUUGAGCAGUCGCGGUUUCAUACACACACACACACGGACACUCUUGCAGGUGGUAGUUGUUUUCCCAGCAGAGGCACAAUUCUCCUGAUUAGCAACAGGCCAGCUGCCGAACAGCCACCGGCCUCCACAGUAUAGUACCACUGAGAUCUCAAGCCGCUAUGGCCAUGACUGAUGGUGGUAGUGGCAUGCUUUUGCAUUGGGACUUUCCACGGCCGAGGGUGUUUUUACAUAUGCAGUCAAGACACACUUACAUGCCCCUAAACUCAUGAUAUCUCAGAAGCCAAGGAAGAAUGAGCCUGGUUAAUAGACUCCCUGGAAAUACCAGAUGGUCCAGGAGGUGGUCGUAUACAGCAGUGGAUUGUUACAUCUAAAAGCUAUGCUAUGCAGCGCAGUUCUGUAUUCGCACAGCCACAGCAGGUGCCGGGGGGUGGCGGGCGAUGUGGGCAGAUGUGGUGAUGGAGAGCCCUUAGGCCAGUCUUGUGCAGCUGUUUUACAAUCAUCCUUAUUAUUGCACUUGUUUAUCCAGGAAAGCCUCGCUGGAUCUCGAGACUUCUUCAGGAGGGUCCUUCCAAGUUGGGAGCAUUGUUGCAGUGUGUGUAAUGCCAAUGAGUAAUCUGCAGUGUAAUUUUUAAGCAUUGUGAAAAUAUAUUGCAUGUUUUUUUUCCGCUACGGAAGGAAAUAAAGCGAACCCGGAGGUAAAACCCAUGCAUAACAGGGGGAAGGCAUAAAAAUGUUGCGCAGAAAGGCGCCCGAGUCGGGAAUCGAACCGAGGUCCUUCUUGUUUGUGAGGCGAAAGUGCUAUGACUGCGCCACUACCCUCCCGCCGUCAUUUUAUAAUUUUAUAGAAUCACACCCUGGUGAUUGUUAUGUCAAUCACAGCAGUUCACGGUGUGUUAGCUGGAUCUUUGUUGGAGUUUGAGUCGUGUAUUUCGGAUCGUUAGACUUGAGUCUAGGUUUAGAAUUGGGGGUUGAGGCAGGGUCUGAAUGAACAUUUGUUUUACGUUCUGGACUGAGGUGACUAGUCAUGAACAUGUUUGAAAGAGCAUUACUCUUUGUGUAAGCAGGGUUAUAUAGUAUUUAAUUUGAAAUGAUGAAAUCCCCUGCCUACGAUUUCACACAUUAUCACAUUUGCACAAUGUGUCUUAGGGAGUGCGAUAUUAAUGAGAUCCAUCACAGGCGCUCUUUAUUACGGACUAUCACGUUGUGCAGCGGCGGCCGCAUGGAAGGAAGGUGACAAUUACGGCAGUGACUUGUCGCCUGGAGGGAGGGUGCCUUCUCCGCUGGGGCGUGUGAUGACGACUCCGAUCAACCCUCCUAGGUGGUCAGGCGACUCGGUGAUAUCAUUGGUCAUCGCUACCAAUGCAGUUUGCCCCCCUUGGGUGGCGGUAAUAUUUGUGCCGACAUUAAGCGGUUCAGGUGCCACCUCGGUUGCACAUGCAUGGACACAGAGCAGGCGGGAGUGCGUUGAGCCUGACCUGCUGCCCCACAGGCACAGAGACGUGGACAGAGGCGUGCAGGGUUGUGAGUGAGCAGGCAGGGAGGCUGGGUGAGCGGCUCUUGUGUUGAAAUGUCACGCGCUUCCGUUUGGCUGCCCCCACCGUGGUGAGCGGAGCAUGCUAAUUCUCUUCCGUGGCACCGGACCUCACAGGCACCGUCUCCUGGGUUCAUUUUAAUGUGAUGCAGGUCUGCUGCAUGCAUCCACCUGGCCGGCGGUCGUGAAUUCUGGACGCCGUUCCGAUUAAAGUUGCCAAUUCGUGCAUUGUUUCGGUCAGGCAUUUAUUUAGCGGCAGAUACUGCGCAGCCUUCCAGAGAGAAUAGCGCUCGCGUGCGAAAACCCGGCAUCCCCUACACGUCACCAGCGCACGAGCGGUGCAGGAGCACCCGAGAAGAACCCAGGUACCAGUCGGUGGCGAUGGCCGGAGGGACGCGGUUUGGGAGGACGCUGUCCCAAGAGGUCGCCGCCUCGUCCCCCCGUGUCUUGUCGCUGCUUUUACUUCGGGUGUCAUCGUGGCAACGCCAGUGUCCGGCCAGAAAACCCCACGCAGGAGCAGCGGCGAGGGCCAGCUGGGUCGUGCGAUCGGUAAGCACACGCCGAGACGCAGCAGCUGCCACAACCCAGCCGCCCGCCACCACUACACCCUUGUCUCACGGGCACCACCAACAUUUGGACAUGACGGAGAGCGGCGGGCACACGGCGGUGGUGCGUGCGCGCUUCGACUUCCAACGCAACAACGAGGAUGAACUGUCGUUCAGCAAGGGCGACGUCAUCACGGUGACGCGUCCUGAGGACGGGGGCUGGUGGGAGGGCACGCUCGGUGGCCGCUCCGGCUGGUUCCCCAGCAACUACGUGCGUGAGCUCAAGGGCAACGAAAGACCUACGUCGCCCAAAUCGAAAAGUUCUGGCAAGAGCGUGGACAGCCCGAUCUCCAACAAGGGCUACUACAAUGUGGUGCUGCAGAAUAUCGUGGAGACGGAGCGCGAGUACUGGCGAGAGCUGCAGCACCUCCUCGGCACCUUCUUGAGGCCGCUGCACAACUCCGACAAGCUCUCUGCCACGGAUGUGUCCACGCUGAUGGGAAACCUGGAGGACGUGUGCGCCUUCCAGCAGGGCCUGAUGCAGGCCCUUGAGGACUGUACCAAGGUGCCAGAGUCCCAGCAGACAGUGGGCGGCUGCUUCAUGUCCCUAAUGAAUCAGAUGCAUGGCCUCUACCUGGCGUACUGCUGCAACCACCCCUGGGCCGUGCGCACCCUCCAGGAGCACAGUGAGGUGCUGGGAGAGUUCAUGGAGAGCAAAGGUGUGAGCAGCCCUGGCCUGCUCAUGCUCACCACCAGCCUGAGCAAGCCCUUCAUGCGCCUCGACAAGUACCCGACCCUGCUGAAGGAGUUGGAAAGGCACAUGGAGGACAUUCACCCGGACAGAAACGACAUCCACGGGGCCAUGACGGCAUUCAAGACCCUGGCGACGCAGUGCCGCGAGAUGAGGAAGCGCAAGGAGCUGGAGCUACAGAUGAUGACGGAGCCGAUCCGCGGCUGGGAGGGCGAGGACAUGAAGGCGCUGGGCAGCAUCGUGUAUAUGAGCCAGGCCGUGGUGCAGGCGACUGGCAGCGAGGACCGGACAGAGCGCUUCCUGCUGCUCUUCCCGAGUGUGUUGGUGCUGCUGUCGGCGAGCCCACGCAUGAGCGGCUUCAUCUUCCAGGGAAAGUUCCCGCUCACUGGCAUGUCCUUUACCAAGAUGGAGGACGGGGAUGUCUACCGCAACGCAUUUGAAAUUAACGGGAACACGAUGGACCGCAUGCUGGUCUGGUGCCAGGGCCCACAGGAGGUGCAGGCCUGGCUCGAGCACCUCCACCGGCAGAGCCGCACCACUCCGCAUGGCGGCGCCAGCAUCCUCAAGUCCACACAGUCGCACUCGCUCCCGGCGCCCGUCUUAGCCAGCGCGACAGGGAAGCACGCCGACGGGGCUUCCAAGCUGCUGCCGGUGAAUCCGGGCUACCGCACGCUACCACUUGCGGGCAGCCACGGGAGUCACGGCGCACACCACGUCCACCUGCAGACCUGGGGGCCCCUGGAGCCGCCCAAGACGGCCAAGCCCUGGAGCUUGAGCUGCCUUCGCCCGGCACCGCCGCUCCGCCCCUCCGCCGCGCUCAUUUACAAGGAGGAGCUGAGCAGGAGCCCGAAAACCAUGAAGAAGCUGCUGCCAUCUCGCAAGACACGGAAACCAUCAGACGAGGACUUUGUGAGGAAGAGUUCCGCAGCUGCGCUUGAAGAAGAUACGCAGAUUCUGAAGGUGAUCGAGGCGUACUGUACCAGCGGCAAGACCCGGCAGACACUCAACUCCACCUGGCAGGCGACUGACCUGAUGCACAACCACGUUCUGUCUGACUGUGAGCUGGCAGGGCCAGAGGGGAUGGCCAGGCACGCCAGCCUGUCUCGCUGGGACUCUGCUGACCUCCUUUGUAACAAGGACGUGGCCCCCCAAGUGCUGCUUCCUGAAGAAGAGAAGAUGAUUGUAGAGGAGAGGAAGAGCAAUGGGCAGACGGUCACGGAGGAGAAGAGCCUGGUCGACACUGUGUAUGCCCUGAAGGACCAAAUACAAGAGCUGAGACAGGAGACUCGGCGGUUGAGACAUGGCCUGGACGAAGAGGCCAAGUCCCGGAAGGAGUUGGAAAAGAUCCUCAAGCGGUGCCUCAAGGUCCCGAAUGACGCGUCGUGGGACGAAACGAACCUUUAGCGGAGUAGGCCUGGGACCAGAGACUUGUACAUAUGCACUUGUGUGCGCCAACUCCACCACGGUCAUGUUUACGGAAAGCAGCGGCGUGUUCCCGGGGAGCGCCUCGCCGCUCGUCCUGGAGACGCGUGAGGGGACGUAAGCCAUGGGUGUUGUGGCGUCGGGCUCCGUGGUGCCAGACCACCCGAAGUCGAGCUACCCUCUGCCAGGGAGGCGUUAGCCGCGAUCGCAGGUGAAGAGAGGCCCCCCCCCCCUCGUUUACCCCAGGCACUCCCCCACCACCACCACCCCUGCCCCCCCCAUGGAUAAGCCACUGCAUGGGUCGUUUCAUUUGGCGAGUGUCCAUGAUGGGGUGGCUUGCAUGAGAGGAGCUCCCCCCAUGGACGCCCAACAGCACUGCACGCUACACCACGGUGCAGCCUGGGAAAACUGCAAAAGCCUCACUUUUUUUUAUUAGCAAGUGUUACAUUACAUUUUUGUUGUCUUUGGUGUCAGGAAUUGACGAUCAUUUCACCAGUGUUGUUACCUCCGAUUACAUAAUGUUACUGCAUUUUUGUACUUAUGUUGGUGUAAGUUAUGGCCGAUGGGUUCCGCACAGAGCAAGAAUUACGAGUGUGCUUUACGAUGCAAGUAUCUUUAAGGAAUCGUAAAGAUUGCCAAUUAGUGUUCAGGAAAUAUAUCCAAAGGGCCUCAAGCCUCUCGGAGAGUACCGUAUGAUGUGUGUCUCGGAUAAUUGUACCAGACUGACAUUUUAUCAAGAGUAGGAGUGUUUUGAGAUGUCGUUUUACAGGAUACCUUUGGACGGGGCUGUGGUUGUGUGUGGGAAGCAAGAUCAUGGAUAACGUCAAUUUUAAUUAAGAUGAUUCAUUUGUUUGUAUUCGGUCACGGGAGUUUGACCUUUGAAGUGUGGUGCUGUCUGACACGGGGGGGGGUAUAUAAUGCCGUCUUCUCUGUCAGCAACACAUCGGAUUCUGCUCCUUUUAGAUACGGAGUCGCGUCACUCGGUUGCUGCUGUGGAAAAGUCACUUGUGUCCCACUGAGGUCGUCACCACAACAAGUCAUUGCAGGAGAAACGUAUCACUUCCAGCACAAUGUUUCUGCGUCUUACAGAGAUUACAUAACUUUUUCUUUGUCCUGCAAACUCCACAAUGCUAAAUUCACAUUACACCGGCAUCUGGUGCUGGAAGAUCAAUUUCGAGCUGAGCUUUGUGGCCUAGUGAGCUUUCUUGUGGCUUUCUUGCCACUGUUGUUGAGGUGGCCUGCUACAUGACGUGUUCUGAACUUUAUGAUGGUUGUGGAGGCAGCUCCCACAAUCGGUCUGUCGCCACGCACAAGCACAUGCUAAUACGCAGCCGUCACACUCGUGGCUGCCUGUUGGUAAUGAGAGUUUUGCUUCUUGUGGGAGGAAACUGGAGCCCAAAGAAAAAACACCACGCAUAGGGGGGAGGGGUUAACACUCAAAGCUCUGCACAGAUAUCAAGAAUCCAUUGCUGUACUUCCAUCUUUUCAUCUCCAGGCCACCUCGCAGCCAACGGCAACUCUACGACACCUAAAUAUCCCCAAGCAGUCUAUCUUUCAAGUACUACCCAGGCUGCACUAUGGCAUUGUAUAUUAUUUUAUUUGGGGGGGAUGGAGAGGGGAUAAAUAUCCCCCGGGAAUGGAGAAUGAAAGUGCAGGCACAGUGAUUAAAAUAAUCUGCGCCAGGGAAAUCUGUCCCAUCAACUCGCACUCUGGUAUCAUGCUGGAUGCUGCAGGGCUGCUUUCCACUUCAUCACUUUCCUGGUCGCACACUCAACUGAAUACUAUUGUAAGCCUAGUGUUAGCUGCCUUGAUAUUGGUGCUGGUGUUUUUAUUUUGGCAGCCAGACAUAUGUUGGGUUUGCCUUGGCAUAGAACUGUGAUGGAACAAUGGUUUGUGCAAAGAGUACGCAACCUUGGAUAUUCUUGUGACCCCGAAUCUGAUUAUAAGUUGUAACGGCAAUGAGAUUCCGGCAACUUAUUUUUCUAGAAUGGUGUGGCAAUCAUUGCCGGUAACGUUUUCCGGCAAUAAUCGCUUUAAAAUCGCCCCCGAUUCAUCAUGACUGUCGCGAUGCAAGGUGACCAACACGUCAGCCGUAGAGCGUGCACCUUGCUUCAGUCACAAAAUUCGUUCCGUGAUGCACCCCAUCUCUUCCAGGCAAUUCAGCUGCCUUGCUUUGGUUUUUUUGAUACAUUCUGGUGCGGGAAGAGAGAUGUCCUUACAGGGAUGUUAAGAGGCGCUGGGGCUGGUUGCAUCAAAUACCUUGAGUAAGUCCCCCCCCCCCCCUCCCUCAUUGUGCUGCUUUAAAUGAGAAAGUAGAACUUCCAGUUGUGUGUUUUAUGCGACUGGGCACUGCCCCAAUCACUUUGCCGUGCCACUGAGGCCCCCAGGUUGUGGUCGGGUGACAUGGGUGCUUUGCGGUGAUGAGGGCCGAAGCUGUGGCUUUAAAACAAUAGCGCGAAGGUGAUUAAAAGGCACAGCCUUUGUGCAUUACGCAAAAAGAAACAUCAGUUCUUGAAGAACUGCGCUGUGGUACUCUUAUCUUAGGCCACCGAAAUAAAUUCGAGUAAAUUUAACCACCUGACAGCAGCAGUGAUGCACUGAUGGGGAACACCUGGGGACACGCACCGUUAUUCUCCCGUGAUGGGAUUGUCUCAUCGUUUACAGAUUUGAUGGUGUCCGCUUGUUGAUUCACCUCGUCAUUGUCAACGCGACUUAGAUGCUGUCACGACAAGUCGCCCUUCCAGAAUUUGUAUAUUCCUCUGGGUCCGUGUUUUUAACGCUUUGCUUGCAUGUAUAAAGGCACCCAUUGAUGUAUUUUUGUAUGUUUUAUGAAGCAAGGUCAGAGUUUGAACAAAGUCUGAAAUGCAGUUAACAUGUACGCCGUGCGGAAACCGUUUGGAAUCGUCACUUUAACAGCGAGAGAAUGCGUCGCGUUGUAAAUACGCCCCGCAUCCGCUGAGCAUCUCGUGUUUUUUAUGUACAUGUCCAAGUUUGUAAUGAAUUUUAUCAGUAUCAAUGUUUUAAUGUAUCUCCCUACUGCCGAUGCUUAAUCUCAACGCUAUAAAUUAAAGUCGAACGACGUGUGGA